CGUCAGUCCACUGUACAACAACUCCCAACUCCCGUACUGCAAUAGGAAGUUCACAUCGCUCCCCCCUCCCCUCCGUCCAAUCUCCCUCCCCCGCCAACCAAGCCCUACCAGUGCCAUCGGCGACUGGCCGGGCCACUACCAACAAGCUGCCAUACAAACGCUCUCCCCCCCUCUCCGCGCUGUGCUACUUUCCUACUCACACACGCCUCCGAUAACCCAAUCCCUCCGAUAACCUAAUCCUCAGCCCCAGCCACUGAAAAUCCGCUGCUCCGGAACUCCGCAUAACCCCGCUACUUGCACUCACCCCACCAUCAACCUCCCCAACUAUGCCGCCCACCCCCUCAGCCGCCCUCCUCCGCCACUCCGCAACGGCUCUUCUACGGCGAGGUUCUAACUUGGCUACUCCUCAGCACGCCCUCGCCCGCCUCCCGCGCGCCCUCUCAUCCGCAUUAUUCCACACCUCCCCAGCGCCCCGCCUCCCCGUCCCAGCCGCAAAAAAGCAGCUGCAACGUCCCAUCGUCGUCAACUUUCCCUCAGGCGAGGAGAAGGAGUUACCGACGAGAUGGUUGAGGGAUCAUUGCCAUUGCGCCGAGUGCGUGAAUCAGGAUACGCUGCAGCGGUCGUUUGAUUCGUUUACGAUUACGGAUAAGACGCCGCAGAAUGUUAGGUCCAAGGAGGAUGGGUUAGAAGUCAUAUGGCAAGAAACCGGCCACAAAAGCUUCUUUUCCUGGGAAUGGCUAGCGACAAACAUGCACAAGAAGCCCUCCGCGCCGAAAUACACCUUCUGGGGCGCGGAGAUCGCGAAGAGUCCGCCGGAUGUGCAUUAUGAUGAGGUUAUGGCGAGUGAUACCGGGGUGGGGAAGUGGACGGCUAAGAUUCUCAAACAUGGAUUUUGCUUCGUGGAUGGCUGUCCGGUUUCUCCUGAGAAGACGGAGGAGCUGCUUAAUCGGAUUGCCUUUAUUAGGGAGACUCAUUAUGGCGCCUUCUACGACUUCACCUCCGACCUAACCAUGAAAGAUACCGCCUACACCACCCUCGCCCUCCCCGCCCACACCGACACAACCUACUUCACCGACCCCUCCGGCCUGCAACUCUUCCACCUCCUCUCCCACUCCGGUCACGGCGGCGCCUCCCUCCUCGUCGACGGCUUCUCUUGCGCCUCCCAACUCCUCUCCCGCGACCCUCGCGCAUACGACAUCCUCUCCCGCGUCCCUGUUCCUUGGCACGCUAGCGGGAAUGAGGGGGUGGUGAUUACCCCGGCGACUUGGGUACCGGUGUUGACCCUGGAUGGAGAGGGGGGUGUGAGGCAGUUGAGGUGGAAUAAUGAUGAUCGCGCGAGUAUGCCGGUGGAGAACGCAGGGGUGGAGUAUGAGGAGUGGUUUGAGGCGGCGAGAGUGUGGAAUGAGAUUAUUACGGAGGGGAGGAAUGAGUAUUGGGGGCAGCUUGUGCCGGGACGGCCUGUUAUCUUUGAUAACUGGCGGGUUAUGCAUGCGCGCUCGGCGUUUGAGGGGAAGCGGAGGAUGUGUGGUGGAUACAUUAACCGCGACGACUUCAUCUCGCGGUACUGGAACACGAAUUUCUCGCGCGAGGAAGUGUUGAAGCGGAUUAUCUAGAUGUACUGGAUAUGCUCGCAGAUGACAUCUACAACAUACAGAAACUUAAAACAUGGACGCGAGGGGUCUAGAUGAUUAUAUUUACACACCUAUAUAUGUACAUACGUAGACGCAUCUGAUGAUGAAUGAAGAUAUUGAUCUGAUACGGGUGCGACCCCUUCUAUGUAAUCUAGUGAUAAACAACUAGUAUAAUA